AGACAGAUACAAUCCUCUGAGGCUUCACGAUGGAGAAUAAGAAAGAAACGGACAGCCAGCCCUUGAGUGAUGGAACUUCUAGGAAAGAGUCAGAAAAUGUAUGUUUAAAGCGCGAGUUGGGGCUGCCCAGUGCUGUGUCACUGAUCGCUGGCACCAUGAUUGGCUCAGGAAUCUUCAUGUCUCCCCAGUGGGUCCUUUACCAUAUGGGAAGCCCAGGGGCCAGUCUGUUGAUCUGGGCUUCAUGUGGAUUGCUGGCCAUGUUGGGGGCAUUAUCCUAUGCUGAGUUGGGAACGGUCAUUAAAGAGUCUGGAGGGGAAUACAUUUAUAUUUUACGGAACAGUGGACCUCUGCUGGCUUUUCUCCUUGCCUACACCUCUGUCAUUGUGGUAAGACCAGCUGGUAUUGCCGGAAUCUCCCUAAGCUUUGCAGAGUACGUUGUGGCUUCUUUUUAUCCAGACUGCCCGUCGCCAACUGUGGCUGUCAAAUUCACGGCUGCUGCAUGUAUCCUAGUCUUGGGCAUCAUCAACUGUCUCAAUGUCAAGCUGUCCACCUCCAUUAUGAACAUAUUCACCACUGCCAAACUGUUGGUGUUGCUUCUUAUAAUAGUGGGGGGCAUGGUAUUACUGGCCAAGGGCCACACUCAGGGCCUGCAGAAUGCCUUUGACAACACAGCUACAGGUUUUGGCCCUGUAGGAGUGGCUUUUUACCAAGGACUCUGGUCUUAUGAUGGUUGGAACAACCUGAACUAUGUCACAGAGGAGCUGAAGAAACCUGAGGUUAAUCUCCCCCGAGCUGUAAUGAUUGCCAUCCCGCUGGUCACCUGUGUGUACCUGCUGGUCAACGUCAGCUAUUUUGUAGCUAUGACGCCCAGAGAACUUCUCUCUUCAGACGCUGUCGCUAUCAGCUGGGGGGUGAAGCUGCUCGGCACUUGGACAUGGAUUAUAUCCCUGGGUGUCGCCCUCUCUACGUUCGGCUCUGCCAAUGGAACCUUCUUUACUGGGGGCCGUUUGUGCUACGUGGCAGCGAGAGAAGGGCAUUUGCCAGACAUCUUGUCGAUGGCCAACGUGAAACGCCUCACGCCUUCCCCCGCCCUUAUAUUCACCACCGCCAUCUCUUUAAUCAUGAUCAUACCUUCAGACUUCAGCAGUAUUGUGAAUUUUUUCAGUUUCACGGCCUGGCUGUUCUACGGUAUAACCAUAGCUGGGCUCCUGUACAUGAAGAUCAAGAAACCGGACCUUCCGCGGCCAUAUAAGGUUCCCAUUGUGAUCCCGAUCAUUGUGCAGAUUGCAUCAGUGUACCUGGUGCUGGCGCCCAUCAUUGGAAGCCCCCAGCUGGAAUACCUGUAUGUAGUGCUCUUUAUUCUCAGUGGGCUCAUUGUCUACAUUCCCGUGGUCCAUUACAAGUGGUCUCCCAAAUGUUUCCGAUCAGUUACUCUCCAGCUCCAGCUUCUGCUUCAGGUUGCACCGACAAAUAAAAAUGACUGAGCUGAUGCCAUGGACCAUGACUCCUGGUGUCAGAGGGAUGUUUGUACCAGUGGCAUCUCUUCCAUGUAACGAAAAUGAAAUUGUGCCCCUCUUGAGAAGGGAAGUGGCAUCGUCUGAAAGCAGACAGAUUUCAUGAAAAUAUCAUCAUUGAUCCCAUGGAGUUAUAUAUAUAUUGCUCAAUGCCAGGCUGGGGCCCCACCAGUGAAACCGAUGCCAAUGCUCCACGGCCGGAGAGAAGAAAUAAGCUGAAUUUAUGAAACACACAAAGGCUUGCUUUAUGUGGCUUCCUAUUGGCUGCCUGGCUCGCACUGGAGGUUGAGACUGACAGAUCCAAUUGCACUGAUGCUGACACUCAGAACCAAUGAGCAGGGACCCUCAGCAUGGACGCCCAAUUUAGAAUGGGAGCAGUGAGCAUGAAAAUGAAAUGUAACUUUUAAUUGCAGAGUAUGUUUUAAAAAUAUAUAUUAUACAUUAGGCAAAAAAAAAAUCUGGAGCAAAAUUUGGAAGAAAUUUAUACUGAUCAGUUGCAGAUUUUGAUAGCAAAAAAGUUAUAUUUUUAAGUGAAACUGUUGUGCUCCCUUAUCUAUGAGCAGACCCUGAUUGGCAAUCUGGAUAUCCUGGCAAAAGCCACAGACCAACAUUCCUAGUUUGGCCAGUUUGGCCAUUGGGGUGCCCAAGUGCACAAUGAAUAUCAGCCCGAGUCAUGCAACCCUUCUACCAGUCCUUGUGUUAAUUAGCCACUAGGAGGCACUGUUUCAUUACAGUCUAUGGAUACCAUCUAUUCAACCUGCCCCCCCAAGCAAACAAUAACCUGAUUGGCCAAAGAGCUGGAUGAUCUUCACUGGUCCUUGGAUAGUCAGAUCUCACCGCUUUCUCCUUUUUCUUUUUUUUCCAUUUCAUUUACGUUAGUUGUAAAAAAAAAGAUAUUUAUUGCCACAUUUAUAUUGCCAUAUACAGCAGACUGGCCAAAAGGAGUGUGCAGGGGUCUGUAUUGUUACUUCCUGGAAUGGAGGGGCAUGAACCUAUUGUAGCUGACCAGGCGCCAGUUUGGUGAAGGGCACAUGGGGAGCAAAAGGGUGCCAGCUUAAUAUGUAGCCAUGGCCACUAACAGCAGCUCGCUGACUAAAUACAUUGGCUUGUGUCAUUCUGUCUGGCUGCCACCCAGAGGGAACAGCAGGGGGCGCUCCAGUAACAAAUGAAAUUAGCACAACUAUUCUUCUAUUACAUUCUAUACAGUAGGGUAAAAAAAAUCUAGAUAAUCAGAAUAACAGAUGUAGCUCUGUGCAUUGGGGGAAAGUUCUUCUCAGAUACAUAUUGGGUAUCUAUAAAACCAUUUAGAAUCCCAUAAAGAACCAGUCUUCAUCUAUUCUAUUCUGCUAUAGGACCAGGGUCAAAAUAUUAUUCCUCUUCAUUGGCCAGUACAGGAGGCACUUGGCUGAACCUGGUCAAUGUGAAUCUAUAUAUAUAUAAUAUAGGAGGAUAUACCAGUGUGUGCCCCAUAAUCAGUCUUUUACCUUACAAGUACAACAUACCAGGAGGGUGGGGGGUACACCACCUUGGCACUGAAGGUUCCACAAGUCCUGCUGACCCGGUGGAGCCCAGGUGACUGGAAACCCUUUCCAAGUUGCCAUAUUGCUUUGUCUUUGGGCUUAUAAAAAUUCUUUACUCUAGGACCCAGAUGCUUCUAGUUACAUGGCGGAUAGAGUAUAUAAAUCAGUCUAUUGCCAGACCAUUACUCAAACCGACAGUUAGUAUGAAGCCCUGUGAUGGGCACGCUGGGAUAUUAAUGCAUUUCUUGUUAAGGAACAACGGGUUAUUGGGCUUCCAUAGCCUCUGAGGAGCAGAACCAGCGCUUUCAGGGUCGGAGGACUCAGCCUACUCCUCUGUUUGAAGUCCUGUAGAGGAUCCUUUUCUCUCUGCCCGGCCAUUCAUGUUAUUAGCUGCUCCCAAGGAGCCGGCUUUCCGGCUAAACAAGAGAAAUUGUAUCCUACUUAUCAUCUCUUCCCACCUGCUGUCCCAAGUGGCCCUGCAAAAAACUGACCCAGUCUUUCAAGAGAUGAAACAGGGUGCUUUAGCCAGACAUAAAGGAGCUUUGUCCUGAUGUGGCCCCUGUGCCAUAUUUUUCCCUGCUCCCAUGUUUCCCCUGGGUCAGGCACAGACUGGGAUUCACAAUUGGCCCUGGUAUUUCAAGUAGACAGAGCCCCCCCCAGCCCAAUAAAUAGUGACUGUCUAUGGCAUCUUACAGCAGCCCCUCUGGCAUUUGCCAGAACCCAGAGAUUGCCAGUCUGGGCCUUCCCUGGGCCAAUACCUGUGCCAUACAGUAAUCUCCAAAAAAGCUCUGUACUGUGCACCUCUGUGCACAAGGGAUGCCUGGGAGCAAGGGAGAAGAUGGUGGGGUAUACUCCAUAGGAAAGAAACCCCAUGACGUAUGCUGGGGGUGGGGGGGGAUCUAUUAAAUUACCUUGUGAAUCCCAUUGGGGACAUGUCAGUGUAAUGUGCCUGAUCAGCAUAUGUCAAUCAAUGUCACAUGACAAGAACAGCCCAAUUCUAAGAAGGGACGGUGAUGUAAUUUAUAGCAAAUUCACAAUAAAAGUGGGCAAGGUGCAGGUUAAAGGGGCCAUACACUAUAUCUGACCAAUCAUGGAUGAUAUACACGUAUUCCAUUGUAAUAAUCCAAUUAAAAUUGCGGAAAGUGAA